AUAAGAUAUAUGAAUUGGGUUUGAUUUUGAUUUCUCCAAUUUUAGCCUCUUCUCCGUGCGCUUGUUGUAACUGGGUUUGUGAUGGAAGCUAGAAUUGAAGGUGAAGUAGAAGGUCACAGUUUAGGAUAUGGGUUUAGUGGUAAAAGGAGUGUAGAGUGGGAUUUGAAUGAUUGGAAAUGGAAUGGUGAUCUGUUCGUUGCUACACAAUUGAAUCAUGGGUCAUCGAACAGCUCUUCUACGUGCUCUGAUGAAGGAAAUGUCGAAAUCAUGGAGAAGAAGAAGAAAAGAGGAGCUGUUACUGUGAUAGCAAUGGAAGAAGAUAACUUGAGGGAUGGUGAUGAUGAUGCUCAUAGACUUACUUUGAAUCUUGGUGGUAAUACUGAUGGAAAUGGUGUGAAAAAGACGAAACUUGGAGGAGGAAUUCCGAGUCGGGCGAUUUCUUGUCAGGUAGAGAACUGUGGAGCUGAUUUAAGCAAGGUUAAGGAUUAUCAUAGACGUCAUAAGGUUUGUGAGAUGCAUUCUAAAGCUACUAGUGCACUUGUUGGAGGCAUUAUGCAGAGGUUUUGUCAGCAGUGUAGUAGGUUUCAUGUGCUUGAAGAGUUUGAUGAAGGUAAGAGAAGUUGUCGUAGACGUUUGGCUGGGCAUAAUAAGCGUAGAAGGAAAGCAAAUCCUGAUAUAGGCAAUGGGAAUCCUUUGAGUGAUGAUCAGACAAGCAAUUAUAUGUUGAUUACUCUCUUGAAGAUACUCUCCAAUAUACAUACAAAUCAAUCAGACCAAACGGGUGAUCAGGACCUGCUGUCUCACCUUCUUAAGAGCCUUGUAAGCCAAGCUGGUGAACAUAUAGGGAGGAAUUUAGUUGGGCUUCUACAGGGUGGAGUAGGACUCCAGGCUUCUCAAAAUAUUGGAAACUCAUCGGCUUUGCUCUCACUUGAGCAAGCCCCUCGAGAGGAUAUAAAACAUCAUUCAGUACCUGAAACAAAUUGGCAAGAAGUGUAUGCCAAUGGUGCUCAAGAGACAGCUGCCACGGAUAGGUCGGAGAAACAAGUCAAAAUGAAUGAUUUUGAUUUGAAUGAUAUCUACAUAGACUCAGAUGAUACUACAGAUAUAGAGAGAUCAUCACCUCCUCCCACAAAUCCAGCAACUAGUUCUCUUGAUUAUCAUCAAGACUCGCGUCAGUCUAGUCCACCUCAAACUAGUAGGAGGAAUUCAGAUUCAGCUUCUGACCAAUCACCUUCAAGUUCCAGUGGAGAUGCUCUGAGCCGUACUGAUCGUAUUGUGUUCAAACUAUUUGGGAAAGAGCCGAAUGAUUUUCCAGUUGCCUUACGAGGACAGAUUCUUAACUGGUUAGCUCAUACUCCAACUGACAUGGAGAGCUAUAUUAGACCUGGUUGUAUCGUUUUGACCAUUUAUCUUCGUCAAGAUGAAGCUUCUUGGGAAGAACUUUGUUGUGAUCUGAGUUUCAGCUUGAGGAGACUUCUAGAUCUCUCAGAUAAUCCUUUAUGGACUGAUGGGUGGAUUUAUCUUAGGGUGCAAAACCAACUCGCAUUUGCGUUUAAUGGUCAGGUUGUUCUUGACACAUCGUUACCUCUGAGAAGCCAUGAUUAUAGCCAAAUCAUUACUGUUAGACCGCUUGCUGUAACAAGGAAAGCUCAAUUUACAGUAAAAGGCAUCAACCUCCAUCAACCUGGCACAAGGUUACUUUGUGCUGUAGAAGGAACAUACUUGGUUCAGGAAGCAACACAAGGAGUGACGGAAGAGAAAGAUGAUCUUCAGGAGAAUAAUGAGAUUGAUUUUGUCAAAUUUUCCUGUGAGAUGCCUAUUGCAAGUGGUCGAGGUUUCAUGGAAAUUGAAGACCAAGGUGGACUAAGCAGUAGUUUCUUCCCUUUCAUAGUUUCCGAGGAUGAAGAUUUUUGUUCUGAAAUCCGAAGACUCGAAAGCACAUUAGAGUUUACCGGAACUGAUUCUGCAAUGCAAGCAAUGGAUUUCAUCCACGAAAUCGGUUGGCUUCUACACAAAAGUGAACUCAAGUCAAGACUUGCAGAACCAGAUCAAAAUCCAGAGGAUCUGUUUCCGUUAACACGGUUUAAGUUUCUAAUCGAGUUCUCAAUGGACCGGGAAUGGUGCGCUGUGAUCAAGAAGCUAUUGAAUAUACUAUUCGAAGAAGGAACCAUUGAUCCAUCCCCUGAUGUCGCAUUAUCAGAACUGUGUCUUCUUCACAGAGCAGUGAGGAAAAAUUCAAAACCCAUGGUUGAGAUGCUUCUUAGAUUCAUUCCCAAGAAGAAGAACAAGACAUUAUCCGGUUUGUUUAGACCCGAUGCAGCUGGUCCAGGCGGUUUAACACCGCUUCACAUUGCAGCUGGUAAAGACGGGUCAGAAGAUGUGUUGGAUGCUCUGACUGAGGAUCCUGGAAUGAUUGGUAUUCAAGCCUGGAAGAUUUCCCGGGACAAUACCGGAUUCACACCAGAAGACUAUGCACGUUUACGAGGUCACUUUUCGUAUAUUCAUCUGGUGCAACGGAAACUCAAUCGGAAACCAAUCGCUGAAGAACACGUGGUGGUCAACAUUCCUGAGUCUUUCAACAUUGACCACAAACAAGAAAAGAGGAGUCUAAUGGAUUCUUCAAGCUUGGAGAUAAACCAUUGUAAGCUCUGUGAUCACAAACGUGUGUUUGUACACACAACGCAACACAAGUCUGUUGCCUACAGGCCAGCGAUGCUUUCGAUGGUAGCUAUAGCAGCGGUUUGCGUUUGUGUCGCCCUUUUGUUCAAGAGUUGCCCGGAAGUGCUAUAUGUCUUUCAGCCAUUCAGCUCUUCUUCAAUCUUCUUUGAUCAAAUUUGCUUCCAGAGAAAACUCGCCCCAUUAACAAUGUCGAAGAAGAUGAUCGUGUUGAAGAGCUCCGAUGGUAAAUCGUUCGAGGUCGACGAAGCCGUGGCACGCAAAUCAGUGACGAUAAAUAAUAUGGCUGAGGACGAAUGCACCGAUAAUGGAAUCCCGCUUCCAAACGUCACAAGCAAGAUCCUCAAGAUUGUGAUCGCGUAUUGCAAGAAGCACGUCGAGAGCAACGAAGAAGAAGAUCUCAAGGAGUGGGACGCUGAUUUCAUGAAGAAGAUCGAACCAUCCAUUCUCUUUGAUGUUAUGAUUGCUGCGAAUUUUCUCAAUAUCCCAAGCCUUCUUGAUCUCACAUGUCAAACAGUCGCUGCUUUGCUCCAAGCUGAUUUGCUCUCAGGAAAAACUCCAGCUGAGAUUCGCGCACGCUUCAACAUCGAGAACGAUUUAACACCAGCGGAAGUAGCUGAGAUUCGUAAGGAGAAUCAAUGGGCUUUUGAAUGAGAGCGCGGAUCGUCAAAGAUCUUGAUGCAAUGUAGCUGAUGAUGACUUCGUCUAUAUCUUUCUUCUUUAGCGUGUGGUUUUCAGUUUUCUUGAUCUAUUUCUUGCUUGUUCGGUGUGUUUCUUUUGAUUUCUUGAUGUGUAAGUAAACAUUAUCUUUGCUUUAGAGACGAAUCGUUUGUUGGAUUUUGGUAUGCUUAACCAAAUCUUAAGAUCGAUGUUGUCAAAAUUCUUCUUAAGCAAUUCUUGAAUAAAUGCUCAAGUCAAAU